AUGACUGAGAUCAAUUUAGGAACAACAGCAGAUAUGCAUGUUCAUCUCAGAGAUGGACCAAUGUGCAAGCUCAUCACACCAACCGUCCACUCGGGAGGGAUAUCCAUUUGCUACGUGAUGCCCAAUUUGGUCCCACCAAUCACUACAAAGCAACAAGUAAUAGACUACCACGCCAAGCUCACCUCGAUUGAACCAAAGACAACAUAUCUCAUGUCGUUUUACCUCUGCAAAGACUUGACCCCGGAAUUGAUCGAAGAAUGCAAGGAUAUAAUCCACGGAGUCAAGUGCUACCCCGCAGGAGUCACCACCAACUCGAAGUUUGGCGUUGACCCCAACGAUUUUUCGAUUUUUUACCCGCUUUUUGCCAAGAUGCAAGAGUUGGGCAUCGUGCUCAAUUUGCAUGGUGAAAAACCAGGCAACAGAGAGGAAGAUGAAAUCAACGUGAUAAACGCCGAACCAAAAUUUCUUCCCGCGUUGCGCCAACUCCACCAGGAUUUCCCCAAGCUAAAAAUCAUCUUGGAGCAUUGCACAACUCAUGAAGCCAUUGAGUUGGUGCGUGAGUUAAACAGCGGUAAAAAUAAAAAACUGCAUUCAGAUGAUGGUGGCGAUGACGAAAUUUACGUGGCUGCCACCAUUACCGCUCAUCAUCUAUACCUCAUCAUCGAUAACUGGGCCGGCGAUCCCAUCAACUACUGCAAACCAGUUGCGAAAUUCCAAAAGGACAGAAGAGCUCUUAUUGACGCAGCAACUUCUGGUGAACCUUGGUUCUUUUUCGGUUCGGACUCAGCGCCUCACCCAAUCCACAAGAAGCAGGUUCAUGUCGGCGUGUGUGCAGGUGUAUACACGCAAUCCAACGCUGUCAGCUAUGUUGCUGAAAUCUUUGAUAGGCAAGACAAACUAGACAAUUUGGCCAAGUUUGUGGCGAAAAACGGCAUCAGCUUUUACGGGUUGAGUCAAGAGAUUUUGAAUAAGCAUAAAGGUGAACUGUGUUGGUUGGUGGAGAGGAAAAACAACGUGCCUGAGCUCAUUGGAAAUGGCGAUGUCAAUGUUGUGCCUUUCAAAGCUGGCACGGAAUUGAAGUACGCUGUUGAGUGGAGGAAAAACUGA